AUGCGCGUUGUGCAAUUUUAAAAAUCCCUAACCCUAAACCCUAAUUCCUUAAGUGAGAUUGGGAAAUCUACCAAAUGCCACAGGUAUACUCGACCAAAUAACAAUAGAUUAUGGUUAAAUAUCUGUUGUGAUGGCCUGCCUUAUACUCUAAUAAUUAUGAAGAUGGUGUUUGAUUAUGUCACAUGCAGUCAUUGCCGUUUGGAGUUACAUGGAAGAGAUGAAUUAAAUACACACAUGGAAGAAAAGCAUCUCCUCCAAGAAAAGUUUUUCGGAGAAUUUGACUGGGUUCUUCUUAUUAGAAUAUGCGAUGGACAUUUUGAGAUGAACUUGGUCAAAUCCCUUGAUGAACUUCUUUGGGACAUAUGCUACAACUUGCUCAAAAACUUGGAUGGAGGUCUGAAAGCGCCUUGGCAAGUGCCAAGAAAUGUCAUGAUUAUCAUAAAGCAUGGCAAACUCAGCUCGUUUUUUUACCUUGGAACCUUAAAAGAGUUGCUAGUUGUCUAUGUCCGCGAUCAUCUAGCAGAUGCAGCACAUUUCCCAUCGCCAGAAGAUUUUAUAUCAUAUGUUGAGAAGAACUCAAAUGCAAACAAACGUUUCAUGUAUGAAAUUGUUGUGUAUAUAUUCUCAGGCUAUUUUGAACUUUCGUGGCGGAAUAAGGAGGAACAAUGCAGCUCUAGUUGA